UGGACGGGUGAAGAAGCGGAGCUUAUAUAAAUGGCUAGAGCGCCUACUAGUGGCAAGUGUGCGGCGCAGCAUCGCCAUCGCCGACUGGUACAAUGUCACUGGAGAGAUGUCAAACUGAAUGGACAGAAAUAGAUCAAGAAUAUCAGCAAUUGCAGGAAACGCACAAAGUCUACAGACAGAAGCUGGAGGAGCUGACGAACCUGCAGGCGAUAUGCAGCAGUGCCAUUAGCAAACAAAGAAAAGGCCUGAAAGACCUCAAGCAAAGUCUUCACAAGUGUAAGAAAAGCUGCAAUGAAAAAGAAACGGAGGUGAUAAAUGACCUGCAGGUCCAAAUUAAAGAAAGGCAAAAUGUCUUUUUUGACAUGGAGUCAUAUUUGCCAAAGAAAAAUGGACUGUACUUAAAUUUGGUCCUUGGAAAUGUGAAUGUCACGCUCCUCAGCAACCAAGCCAAGUUUGCGUACAAAGAUGAAUAUGAGAAGUUCAAACUUUAUAUGACUAUAAUACUAAUGUUUGGUGCCGUCACCUGCCUGUUCCUUUUGAACUACCGUGUUACAGAUGAAAUCUUCAACUUUUUAUUGGUGUGGUAUUAUUGCACAUUGACAAUAAGAGAGAGUGUCCUCAUGAGCAACGGGUCACGAAUUAAAGGCUGGUGGGUGUCACAUCACUACGUCUCAACCUUUUUAUCAGGUGUCAUGUUGACAUGGCCAGAAGGUCCAAUGUAUCAGAUGUUCAGAAGUCAGUUCCUGGCGUUCUCCAUCUAUCAGAGUUGUGUGCAGUUUCUUCAGUAUUAUUAUCAGAGCGGCUGCUUGUAUCGGUUACGGGCUCUGGGGGAAAGAAACCAGCUAGACCUGACAGUGGAGGGUUUUCAAUCAUGGAUGUGGAGGGGGCUUACAUUCCUCCUUCCAUUUCUAUUCUUUGGCCAUUUUUGGCAGCUGUACAAUGCUGUGACCCUUUUUAAGCUGUCUGCCCGAGAUGACUGCAAGGAAUGGCAGGUGUUCAUGUUGGCCUUGACGUUUCUUGUCCUGUUCUUGGGAAAUUUUCUCACUACUCUAAAAGUGGUCCACCAGAAGGUCCAGAAGAACACAGAAAAGGUGAAAACUAACUGAGACGCCAACUGGAAGAUUUCAUACGCAGCGAGGCCAGUGUGGAACUCAAAGAACUGAACUUCAAAGCGCACAAAACUGUUUCGUCUAUAGGAGUCACAAACCACGAGCUGUUUGGAGAGGGUUGAAGGUAGAUGUGGACGUCUCCCUAAACCUGUUUCAACAGCGGCAGUGGAAACUCAAGAUUAUGUGUUACCUUGCCCUAUCGUCUGCCAUGUUGUUUUUGCUCUUAUUUAUGCAAUCACAGCAAUUAGAGGGUAAUGUUUGGAUUAGGAACCACUGACAACCUUCGGACACUGUAUACUCAGUACAUGAGGAGACUUCAUUUCACGUUUGUUUUGUUCCUGUGCAUGGAUGUGUUUACAAUAAGCCACAUUUAAACUUUAUGCAACGCAGCAGGAAGGCCGUAGAACUGCAGAUGCUCAGUUCAUUACAGCACCUCAAAGGGAUUUGUUAUGGUUUUUAAUAAAACCGGAUGGUGAUUAAAGUACUUGUUCUCCUACAAGUCAUUUUACAUAUUUGUGGGAAAGCAUUGAUAGAAAGUAACUUCAAGAGAAAGGUGUGUUUUGCACGUCGUGGCUUGUUAGUACUGUGAUUGAGCAAGGGAAACUUUUGAAUUAAGGCUACAUGAUAUUCCCUGACACCCUGAAAACGUGGAUUUGUUUUAUUAACGAUGGCAAUAAAGCUUCGGGAACACUUCAUAGUACAUAUUUUCUUUCUUGUUUUAUAAUGUCCACCUGUUUGGUAGUUGUAUUUAAAGGCAUAGUCAUGCAGUUGCGUUAUAAGUCAAAAUAACAGUUGAAAUUCUGAACUAUGUCUUGCAUAAUGUGAAUGAAUGCUGUUAAGAUUAUAUCUGCUGUAAUAGGGCAAACUGGUACAUGUGUUACUGGCUGUGUCAAAGAAAAAAAUAAUUUGCCAACUUUUUUUUUUUUAUUGCUUACUAUCAGGGAGCUUGCUGACAAGACCUUCUUCCUACGUUAUAUUACACAGGCAAGUAGUGUCAGAAGUUGCAUUUGGUUACUGGAUUUGUUGGCCUUCAUGGUCUCCUUUGUCUGUUCACAUCUGGUUUUACUUGUUUAGCCUAGAACACAAGUGUUAUUAAGUUGUUUGGAAUUUCAUAGGAACAUAUGUGAAUUGUAACUGAAGCGAAAAGCUGUAAUUAAAGGGAUUUCUCAUGUUGGGAAAUGCUUUAUUGAGCAAUUAACCACUCCGUCAAUCACAUGUAAUAGUUGUCACAAUGUCAUCUCAUCAGUGCUUGUGUUGAACAAAAUAACUGCACUUUUUUGCUUGAACUUAAGCCUUCAGACUGGAGGAAAAAUGGUUUCCAAAGGGCCGAAUAGAUAUCAAGCUGGAUUUCUAUUGACCUUCUGUUGCUAUAGAGAACAAAUAAAUUCAAUCUGAUGCAA